AUGGAAUUGGCCGACAAGACUGUUGGAUUUCUUCUGUCUGUGAUCAGCCUAUCAAUAUUCACAUACUACACUUUCUGGGUCGUCAUCCUGGUGGGUAGCUCCCAUUCUACAAGGGUUUUAGAUUGGGAAUAUGCCUCUUUUAUUUGGAGAUGUCAGUUGAAGAGUAAAACUAGUAUUGAUGAUGGUUCUGCCGAUGCGAUCUUGCAGCCAUUUGUGGACGGCGAUCAUUUCAUACACAAGUACUUCCUGCCCCAAGAGUAUGCCAUACUGAUACCUGUGUUCGCCGGCGUCACUCUCCUUAGCCUCAUUUCUGCUUUCAUUGGGUACGUGAUGUUGAAAUCGAAGAAGAAGAAGAAGAGAGCUUGA